UUUUUGGUAACAUGAGGGUAUUUUAAUGUAUUUACAAUGUAAUAAUUGAGCAUUGCCCAUAAUCCAUUCAAUUGCUUAGGAUGGGAAUAAUGCAUUGCCAGCUCAUGAAAUUGAAAAACCCAAGAGUUAGUUUAGCAACCAUGCUAAAAGUUAAUCCCAAUCCCAUCAUCUGGAUUCAAUCAGUUAGUAGACUUGGCUGCUUUCGCAGUUCAACUGUGUCUAUUUGAAGGAUAAAACCAGCAUCAAAUACAGCAUCCUUCGACAGUUUGGGUCAGAAAUUGUCUUUUUGGGGGGUCUUUUUUGUGGCUAGUUGUUCCCAGAGGCACCGGGGCUAAAUGUGGUCAGGAGUCUGCAUGAAAGACUCCACAGCUCAGUGCUUGUGUUGGGCUGUGUUUGCUGUUACACCGGGUGGACAUAGAAUACCACAGGAUUCACAGCAUUAAGCAGAGUUUUCCACAGUUGGGCUGAUGUUGUGUGUCCAUCCUUGUGAGUGUGGUUAAUGUGAUGAAGCAGUUUGGCUAUGGUUAUUUCAUCGUUUGAAAAAAAUAAAGAAAUAAUAUAAAUAUAUAUAUUUUUUUAAGCAGCCCACAAUCUGAAUCAUAUGAACUUUUAUGUAGAUUUAACCAACGGAAACCUUGAACAUAGGAUUGUUUUCAGGCGUUAACAUACAGAAACAAGCGGGUUUCUUUGAUAGCCCUGUAAGAGAGCCUUCUGUUAAAAAAGUUUUUUUAACAGAAGGCGCUUUUCAUUUGAGAAGUGUUUUGCUGAGAACCAACUUGCCAGGUCCAACCAGAAAUCCCAGGGUAUUCCUCCAAGAAUAGCAGAAUCACUCCCUCAUCCCCCUCUGCAUAAUGUUAAGUGGGACAGUACAUUCCCUAAAUGUGACCACUCCUCCAACAGUGAUGCAGUCUUAAAUGAAUGGAGAAUUCCCAGUUCUUUUUAGCGGUCUCCCGCUCUUCUGCUAUGGAUUAGCGGUGAGUGAGGAUGACGGACAGUUUUCCACGUCUCCUUUGGAGGUAACCUCAGAUACCAUAUGUCCCAAGAGCUGGGUCAAACUGUCCCUAGCUCUGUUUGGAAAAAGAGAAUAUCAUCCCCAUUACUAGCAUGCCAGUGGAUGCCAACUGCAAUUAGACCUUGGGGUCUCAAAUGGGCUUACAUAAGAAGCUGGAAAGAGCAGUCCAAAAAAAAGGUUGACGAGGGAACCAAGUUUGAGAGAGACGGAAAGAGUGAGUGAUGCCACAGUAGACAGGAAUGCUCACACUGGCCAGAAAAACAAGUCCAAGUCUAAUUAAGGCCGACUUUGAUAUGUAAAUAUCUUCACUGCGCAUCACAUUGUGACAAAAACCCCCACUCAAUGCAUCUUUGUUCUUAAAACCCAGGCAUGCAUCGACAGGCCUGGCCCGUCAGAUCUUGACAAGAGCCUAUGCAGUCAAAUGGUAUUUUUUAAUGUAUUUCAAUUUUACAAGAAUAGAGGAGCAUUGUGCUGUGCGUGGAAUCUGGAGCAGUUACGUGAUUGACCCCCACUUGCAUGUCCUUUCACCAGCCUUAGCGAUUAUCUCUGCCCACUCGACCCAAUGAUGCAUUUACUCUUUCUGCAUAGAUGACACUUCACUCCUCUGCUUUUUCUUUCAUGUCAUGUUGUGCCUGGAACAGGAUGGCUAUUUGAUCCAUCCGGACCUCCGGGGGGAUGGCGCUGAUUGGGCCCGGUCUUCUGGUGGUGUUGGCCUUGUGGGUCGGGCUGAAGGUCGAGGUCCAGGCCGAGCACACCAAGCAGGCCCGUGUUCCUCUGAUCCCCCAUCGGCCGUUUGUGGUUGUUUGGAACGCCCCCACCGAAUCCUGUCGGCUUCGCUUCAAGGUGGACUUGGACCUUAGCGUCUUCGACAUUGUGGCGAACCUCAACGAAACCCUCAGUGGACCAAAUGUCACCAUCUUCUACCAUAGCCACUUGGGGUACUAUCCUUACUACUCCGGUACGGGGAUCCCCAUCAAUGGAGGUCUGCCUCAAAACCAGAGUCUCUCCAAACAUCUGAGCAAAUCCAGGGCCGACAUCGAUAAGCUCAUCCCACACAAGGACUUCCGGGGCCUGGGCGUCAUCGACUGGGAGAACUGGAGGCCCCAAUGGGUCCGUAACUGGGGUUCCAAAGACAUCUACCGGAACAAAUCCAAGGAGCAGAUCCGGAAGUUGCACCCGAGCUGGCCGGAGAGCAAGGUGGAGAUGGAGGCCAAAGAAGCCUUUGAAAGUGCGGGACAAGCCUUCAUGAACGCCACCUUGCUUCUGGCCGAAGGCCGUCGGCCUGAUGGUCUCUGGGGUUUCUACUUGUUCCCCGACUGCUACAACUACGGGUACAAGCAGCACCCACAGCGGUACACCGGAGAGUGUCCCAACGUGGAGCACGUCCGCAACGACCACCUGAUGUGGCUGUGGAGGGAAAGCACGGCUCUGUACCCUUCCAUCUACCUGGACCACGAGCUCAAGUCUUCGGCCAACACCGUCAAAUUCGUCCACUACCGUGUUAAGGAGGCCAUGAGGAUCGCGUCCAUAGCCCGUGCCGACUUCACACUACCUGUGUUUGUGUACUCCAGACCGUUCUACGCCUACACCUUUGUGGUCCUCUCUGAGAGUGACCUGGUCCACACUAUUGGGGAGAGUGCAGCUUUAGGAGCAGCAGGAGUGGUGCUUUGGGGCUCCUCAGAAUAUGCCAGAACUCAGAGAAACUGCCUGGCGGUAAAGAAGUACAUUGACGGUCCUCUCGGCCACUACAUCAUCAACGUCACCUCCGCCGCCAAGCUGUGCAGCAAGGCUUUGUGCAAGAAGAACGGCAGGUGCGUCCGCAAGAGUCUGGAGUCGAGCGCCUACCUCCACCUCAACCCCCGGUUCUUCCGCAUCCGCCGCAACCCGGGCCUGAGAGGCCCGCGCUUCCACGUCAGUGGCCAUCUGAACAACCACGACAUCCUGGACAUGAAACACAAGUUCACCUGCCAGUGCUACCAAGGCUGGACGGGGGUUUACUGUGAGAUGCCCCAGUCUCCGCCUCUUCCUCCUCCUCCUAUGCAGCCCAUGCCCCACCCCAGGGACAACGGUUUGCUCGGAGACAUCCUGAUGAUCCUGUCCCUGCACUUCUCCUGUCUGUGUGUCAUCAUGUUCCUGGGACUGUGUCUUAUUAUCAAGUGUUUGAUUUUGUAGAGAUUGGAACGGCUCAGAGUCCUUGGACAAGGACUCCUGCACAUUGCAGUUCCAGCCCAGCCAAACCUGACAAAACCGGAUUACCUUUCCAAAAGGACAGAACCAUGGGCACACUCCAAUUUUCAACAUUUUCUCCAAGGAUUUUGAUGAGAAUAGCAGGAGACAUGAUGGCAACGAUUGUGAGAAAGGGUCUGCACUAAAAUAACUGGUGUUUAAGGGUCAGUUAGUGGAAUUUAAACUUCUGAAGCUAUGAAAUGGUCAUACCGUUCUUUUUAGGUAUGGCAAUAAAGUGUGUAAAACACAUGUUGAAUCAAUUCAUAAAUGUAUUUUCAAUAAACUCUGAAAACGGUUAAAACAUUUCUAUCUGCAAUAAAAAAAAAAAAACAUUAUCAAAUUUAAAAAGCCAACCAUCAGAAAUGAUCUGUGAGUGUGUAUGUGUUUGUAAAGAUGAUAAAGAAAGUGUGUGUUUGUGAAUGUUUACAUGAGGGGGAGUCUGAUUUAUGGAAAAGUGGUUAGCAGUGUGGCAAUGUGGUCAAAGGAAAUGACCAGAAUUACAUUUACUCAUACUCCCCAGCUCACAAAACUACCCCAACAAGUUAACUUGCGUCAAGUUUUUGCACUUGGUUUUUAACACCCUUCAUUAAACUUGAUUUUAACUUGAGUCAAACGACUCCUCAUCAAGAAACGUGUGCAGCUGCAAUCUUUUCACAUUUACUCAGAUAAGAAAUCCACCUUAUUGAAAUCAAUGUUUUAGUUAAACAUAUCGUAAAUGUUUAAAUUCACAGCAGCACCGUUCAGUCUAAAUAUUUCCAUGAGACAUUUAUUUCCUUGGUGUUAAAAAAAAGAGCUUUGCUGUAGAAUAAUGUUUAGACUGAGUGAGUGAUAAGAUCAGGCACACCUCUGUUGCAUUAAGAUCAAAUCCUUACUCCCAGACUCGACACUUCCCCUUCCAGGACAGUAAAAUAAACACUAAAUCGGUCAUGUCUCAAAAACCUCCACAGACUUCCAACACCAGUACAAAAGACAGAAACGAUCUCCAUUUAGUAUCAACACUGCAAAACCUUUGCUAAACUCUGAACUUCGAUGAAUUUGUUUGAAUCCAGAGCUUCAUUGAUCUUGAAACUAUUACAAAAACAGAGCUAAAUGUACCGUGUACACCGAGGCUCAGAAGUGGAAGAACACACCUAAAAUGUUCUGGUCCCAGACAGAUCCGGUGACAGGAAUGUACUGUUGGAUCUGUCGAUUUAAGAAAUCCUCCCCUGGAUUUUAGGUGGGUUGUGAUGGCUGUGUCCAACACAAGCAAAGCUGGCCCCACUGGGAGGCAGACAGGAAAGUAACGCCCAACACGAAGGGCAUGAGCACUGCUUGACCUCUUCA